CAUAAGUAGUGGCAGUAAAGCAGAAGGUUUAGAUCUGGAAGGCAGUGAUUACGAUGAGAUGGUUCUCCAUAACUGUGUUCGUGUGUAUGAAAGCUCAAAUAAUGUCCUGUCUGAUCCAGAUAAAAUAAUAUUCAUUAUGGAUACCAACGACACAAAACCUGGAUUUACAAAACUGAAGUUAGUCAACAAAUCAAUCCUUGAUAUCAUACACGAAUGGUGUGAAACUGUUGGACAAGAAACUUACAUUUCCAGCAAAUGUUUUCGGGAAUACCAAUUACGUGAUGAUAUGGUUAUUCAUGGUCCAUGUCAAUCUACAGCCAAUGGGAAUUAUGAUCAUGCAUCAUGUUUCAGAUGUAAUGAGUGGAUAUCACCGGUUCAACAAUGGAUUUAUAGAUCUCGUUCAACAUGGCCAGAUUACACACUAGUUAAUUCAGCUGUACAAUACGGAGUUUUAUUUGUUCCUAUUGGAUGCAAAAACUCUCCAAAUGAGGACUUACAAUGGCGAAUAUCAUUUUCAGUCACCGAGAAAGUGUUGAUUUAUUCUUUUACACAUACUCAGUUGUUAUGUUAUGCGUUAAUGAAAAUUAUCUUAAAGGACCUCAUCAAACCGAGACAUGAUGACAUUCUGUGUUCAUAUUUUCUUAAAACGAUUAUUUUUUGGAUAAGUGAGGAAGUACUCCCUUCAAAAUGGAAACCCAAGAAUAUGCUUUCUUGUUUCUUGGAUUGUUUCAACAGACUUAUCUAUUGUGUGGAAUAUAAAACAUGUCUUCAUUAUUUUAUUCCAGAAUACAAUCUGUUUGAGGACAGAUUUAUUGAGGAAGAACAUAAGACAUUACUGUAUACACUAAAAAGUAUAUAUGGAUCGCCAUGGACUUCUAUAUUUCAUACGGAAACUUUUCUGAGUUACAGAUUACAAUCAGAAAAUUCAAAUUGGGUGACUCUAUCAGCGUCGGCGUUAUCUUGUUUUUCAUAUACAAGAGCAACUUAUAAUCUAGAAUUAAUUCAUAGUGAAUUAAAACGCAUUAGAACUGGCAAUACUAAUAUUUGUAGAAGAGACAUGUGUGUAUACAUAAUAUGUGAUAGUGCAAGGAAAUAUAUACAUGAUAUGUUGAACUUGACAGACAGAAACAAAUCUUUUUACAAACAAUACAAAAGACUAUUUGCUUAUUUGAAGAUAAUUUUACAGUCGGAUUCUAUAUCUUCCUGGUUAUUGUUGGCAUCUUUGUUUUACAAAUGCAAACAAUAUCAGGAAUGUCUUGUUAUGACAAACUACUAUUUAUCCAGAUGUACCCCAGAUAUGAUUUAUCUUAAUUUUAAGCACAGCUUGGCUGAACAGACUGUUUUCGAACAGAUGAAGCAAAGAUUAGGAUUUUCGCUUGCAUUCAAACAUUUGGUAAUUGAAGAUGUAAGGUUUCAAUAUCCGUUUUAUUUAUUACCAGACGAACUGAUACCUUUGGUAGUGAACGAAAACCUUUCGAUUCCCCCAGUUGUAUAUUCGUAUCUACUGCAAUUUCUGUGUUGUCAUUAUCUUGGAGACAAAAGAGGAAAGCAUAGCACGUUGCAUGAUCUUGGACUAACAAUAAAAGAACGAUACUUUAUAUGGGAAGAUGAUGAAACUUUGAAAAAACUUACACAAAUUGUCGAAAUAGUCAAGACAUUGCUAUGAUAGCUGAAAGGGAAACUAUUUAAAAUCAAAUCUAAUUAACUUCCAUUUUAAUUGCAAUUUAUGUAGAAAAACUAUAAUUGUUCAUCUAUUGAAAUACAUAAAUUGAAGUCAAGUUUGUUAAUAAACAUCCUCAGAUAGUUCCACAGUUGUAUAAAGAAACAUCAACACAGUUUACAAAGCAAAAGAUUUAUUAUUUUCAUGAAAGGGUCGAAUAGACAAUUCGAUAAAACAUUGAAAAAGUGUAUUACAAACUCAUCAGAGACAUGAAACUCAUAAUUUUGUAUGCCAAAAGCUAGUUUAUUACAGUCGAAAUUUAAUACUUAAUCAAAUACAACGUUAUAGAAUAUUUAAAAGCUUUGUGCUAAAUACAUAAAGUAUACUUUGCGAAGAGUGCAUACAAUUCUCGAUAUAGUAAAAUUAUUAUAAUUAUGAUAGCAACUUCAAAUGUAUUUGAAAAUCAGACUGUGCUGUGAGGCACCCUUGUUUAUCAGCAGAUAUUUCGCUUUUUUGGAAAUAUUGUGAAAACAAAUGUUGAAUUGUGUAGGACGGUACAUGAUUUUA